AUGUACAUGUCGUCGACUUUUCGAUCAACUUUACCCCCCAUCGAAGAAGAGUAUGGGUCUCGUCCCCGACGCUGGAUGCUGUACGAUCAGCUCGAAUCAUGGUUGGUUGAACACACACCGGAGUGGCUGUUCCAUUGGGGACGAAGGGUUUUUGUCUUUCUCUUGGGAGAAGCAAGGACAUUCAACUUGGGCAAAGGUGAAUUCACGGUUCCCUCACACAUGAUGUCAGAUCUCAGGUCCCAAGGUAAAGAAACAGCGGGAAGCGUUGCUGUCGGCCUCACCAAGAGGAAGCAAUACGUUGGUCGAUUUCUGGUUGUCAGCGUAGUGCCAGGUGGCAAGGGUAGGCAACCGGACGAUGAGCGAGAUGAAUGUGGUGAUGGAAAUCAAGGGAGUGAGGACAAAGAGGAUGGUGAUGAAGGGUAUGAGGAUGAAGAGAGUGUAGGGGAUCAAGUAGAGGAAUGA